AUGUCUUCUUUUUAUGAUCUCAAACCAUUGGACGCCAGAGGCGAGCCAUUCCCUUUCGCUGACUUGAAGGGCAAAGUUGUUGUGAUUAUUAACGUUGCCUCCAAAUGUGGCUUCACUCCCCAGUACAAGGAGUUGGAGGAAUUGAACAAGAAGUACGCCGAGAAGGAUGUUCAGUUCAUUGGCUUCCCAUGUAACCAGUUUGGUGGCCAGGAGCCAGGCAGCUCCGAGGAGAUUGCUUCCUUCUGCCAGCUUAACUACGGAGUGUCAUUCCCAGUUCUCAAGAAGAUUGACGUGAAUGGCGAUAAAGCCGAUCCCGUGUACAAGUGGUUGAAGGAGCAGAAGAGCGGUCUUUUGGGCCUCACCAGAAUCAAGUGGAACUUUGAGAAGUUCUUGAUUGACAAGAAUGGUAAGGUUGUGGAGCGUUACUCUUCGCUCACCAAGCCAAAGACUUUGGAGCCAAAGAUCGAGGAGUUGUUGAAGGCUUAA